UAGUUAUUUAUAUACCCAAGAGCUCCUCAUUCCUCAACCAUCAUAACCUUAACCGUCCUCACCCUCGACUCCCACAAAUAUAAUUUCUCUCAUCUCAUCCAUACCUGGCACACGCCAAACACACACACACAGCUAAAACAAUGAAACAAUCUUCAUGUUUCUCUCUGCUUCUCCUUAUUUUUCUCAUAGCUUCACAAACAUCUGCUCGAUCCUUAUUAACAACCCACCAAGGAUCCAGAGAGCAACUAAAGUUGAACAGUCUAGUUACCAAAGGCAGUGAAUCAUUCGAGGAGCUUAUGGGGAUGGAAGAAUGUAAAAAUGGAGAUGAGGAGUGCUUGAAGAGAAGGGCUAUGGCUGAGGUGCACCUGGACUACAUCUAUACACAGCACCACAAGCCUUAGGGAGUGUUUGGCGGUUUUUUAGUUAAUUGGACUACUUAUUUUGGACCGAUUGAAUUAAUUAAGCUAAAGGUUAAGCACAUCCAAACAUGAGCUAAUUAGGCUGAGCUGUGUUUGUUUGUAAGUUUGCAUGUACCAUAAACCAUAAUUUAGAGGCCAUUUUGAUGUUCUCAUUGUAAUAGGUUACUACUUUUAAUAACAUUUUAUAGUUUAUGAUAAA